UUCUCUCUGCGUCUCACUGCCAGCCAACUUGCCUGUCUGCUUGCCUGGCUUGCCUGACUGCCUUGCUCGUUUACUUACUUGCUUGCAUGCUAGUCUGCCUGCUAGGUUGCUAGCCUGCUUGCUUGGCCCGCUUGCUUCGUUCAACCUCUACGUCGGUGUAACCUUGGUGGAGAAUAACCCGCCGUUCAAUUCAAGGAAUUAUGACGGCCCCUCGAUUUUCUCUUUUUCUAUUUGCUAGCCCCUCUUUUUCGUUCUUUGUCACUAGUUUCCUUCUCUAUCCCUCUUUCUCUUCUGUUUCGAGAUGAGUAGAGAGUAAAGCCAGUUCUUUACUUUGCUCGUUGGCGCUCAUCCGUGCUGAUAUUUACGCGCCUAUGGGCCCCGUGCAGCGAGCGCCGCCAUUACCUGAACUCCACCAAUGAUAUCGUUCGAUAUACAAAGCGAGUUCGAGAAUCGAAAGCUGCGUUCCAAAGAUAUAAUUAUGAAGCGAUAUUUUUCAAAGUUCCUUGAACAUCCUCAAUUUGCGCCGUACGUUGAUUCAAGCGACAAAGAAAACGUACAAUUUCGAAAUUGUGGCGACGCGGAAGAAAUAUAUAUGUGCUUGUCAAGAAUUGCAGAAACAGCGCCAUCGUCUGAUGGUCGAUGGUGCGCAGGAGUAAAUGAAUGCGUUUCGAGCUUUGUUCUUCUUCGUUAAUCAAUUCGACUAUGCAAUUUUUCAACAUAACGAUGAACGAUGGCCAACCGGUUUGAAGGUUAGAUAAAGAAGUUACAGCGGAAAUCAGCGUACAUUAACGAACACAGAGAACUACUGAUGGCGAGUGGCUGCAUUGGCGUAACCAGUCAAUGAUUGAUCGGCUGGAAAUCUCGGCAACGGUAUACCGGCCAGAAUUAACCCUUGAGAUACACUCCGUAUGUCUCACGGGCCCUUCAGUCACUUGAAAUUAUCGGCGAGCACGAUUCCUUCGGACAAUCCUUGAAACUCCAAGACACUUCACCGGCAGCCCACGAGCGAGCAGCGACAACCUGCGACUAUGCGGAGUCAGAGUGAUGCGCGCGUCUGUGUGUGAGGUCCGCUGGAUGCUUUUUGCGUUUCACAGGUCUCGCUAUAUCUGCAGCGUACAAGAGCUGCGGCCCACGGACGAGCAUCCCUGCACCACCGUGUUCCUGCGCUGGAAACGAGCCUCGGUUGGGAAAAAUCCUGCCACACCAUCCACGGCGGACGUAGUCGCGAGUCACGUUCAAGUUUGUUUGCAACGGAAUAAACAGCCGCUGAUUGGUCGAAGAAGUAACAGAGAGCCGGCCUGCACGCAAGAAGCAAUGACGGAGGGCUGUCAUCGAGCAGAAACUCCGAGGGACGUUGAUCGCGAUAGCAGCGGACGCUUGAAAAUGUCAGCGGACCAAGAUAAUUAGAGGAUCAUCUCUGGGAGAUGCUCGACGUUCCCCCCUUUUCUCGUGGACUCCUCAUUUUGAGUUGUGCAAUGAUGGGUCUGCAGGCCACGGCAGGAAAACGUAAACUGGAGGGAGGUGUGGGCUGCAUGGAGUUCGACAUGGAUAUGGGCGAGAGCCCAUCGAAGUUAGGCCGGGUGGAGGGUAGCUGGUGGGCGAUGGAGGAUAGUUACACGCCCCCGCUGAGUCAAACGCCGGCUUCUUAUUACGAUAUGGAAGUGAGUUCGCCCUGCCUGCAGACAAAUCCCUGUCAGCCGACAUCGGCAAGUCAGCAGCAACAGCAACAACAUCAGGCGGCACAGCAACAGCAGCAGCAACAGCCGCAGUCGUCGACGCCAACGUCAGCGCCACCGCCGUCUACGGUGGCGCAUCUGCACCAUCAUCCGCAGCACUACUAUCAUCAUCAGCGCGGACCUAGCAGCCCGGUCGGUAACAACGGUUACAGCCAACUGUCGAGGCCUCAGCCGCAGUGGGGCGCACCUCAUCAUUACGAGCCGCCAACGAUACGGCGAGAAGAAAAUGGAAAGAGUUAUUUGGAGCUUGGUUCUAGUUAUCGAGCGAACGAGAGGUGCUGCGAAGGUUCGAGGUCAAGCUGGUGUCGACGUGGUAGAGCGUGUUACAGACAAAGGCGACUAGCCGUUUUAAAUAUUUCGAUGUGCAAGCUGGCGAGGUAUCGCCAAUUUCCGGAUCCGAGUCUUCAUCGAUCGGUUCUCAUCUGCAAUACACUGAGGCAUCUAGAACGCGAGAUGGAGAGGGACAGAAGUCCGCCGCCCAUGGAGCCGGUUAUACCGGCACCGAUUGCUCAACUUCAACCUCCUGAGCAGGGCAGGUUAACACCGUUCCCGAUGCCACCAACGUCUUCGAACGAGACAGACGUCGAUUCCGGCAUCGGUGAUAGCGACGACAGCCGUUCCAUCAAUUGGGGCAGCGUGCUGUCUCUCUCGAGUCAGUCGCCGCUGGAUCCAUUGAACAACAACGAGUUACUGGAUGUCGAUAUCGGCCCAGACCUAGAUUUAGACUUUAUGCCUGGAUGGAAGCUGACGCCCCUGUCCGCGGACGAUAUCCUUAGAAGUACGACGGCACAGGAACAGCAGCAUCAUCAGCAUCAACAGCAUCAUCAUCAUCAACAGCAGCAGCAGCAGCAGCAGCAGCAGCAGCAGCAGCAGCAACAUCUGGCGCCAACUAGCGGCAGCUGCGCUAGUAGCAACGUCGGAAACGCCUGCGUCAGCACUGGCAGUAGCAGUAGUACGCACGAAUCGUUAAUGUGCGUUGGAUCAUAGCCCCCGAUUUUGACAUCGAUGAGUCAUCUCAUCGAUUUUUACCCGCUGAUGCCGCAGAGUAAAUAAAAACAAAAAGAGAAAAAAAAAAAGCAAGCGCGGCAACAAACUCGCAAUGAACCACAAAUCGCAGAAACGAGGUACUCGCCCGCCUCUCCGAUAUGUGCGACGCCUGGUCGGCGAUUCUCCAGGAGGUCUUCUUUUUCUUAUUUAUUACCGUUCGUGUCAAUUACGCACCGAUCGAUUAUCUCGGUUACAUUCUACUUGUAGCAUACCGAUAACCAGCAUGGGUGGUCUACUGAUUGUAGGGAAGAGAGAAAGAGAGAGAGAUAGAGAUAAAUAAAGAGAGAAAGGGUACGCGUCGCGUUACCCUGUGUUCGCAGGUGCAGCCGCCACGGAAUUCAUGGCCCAUCGGGAGUGCUUCAAAUGCGAAGCAACCAGAGGUGAUUACAAUUUAUAAGCCGACGAGUAAACUUGAUCUCGCGUUGUUCCAAUUAUCCACUACGAUUCGACGUUUUAUACCUUAUAUCACGUUGCUCGGGAUGAUUUUCAUUCGAAAUCGUUCGAAUUAAUCGAGACCGUUUUAUGAAACUGUUUCCUUCAAAAGUUUUACACUUUAUAUAUAUAUAUAUAUAUAUAUAUGUAUAUAUAUGUAUAUAUAUGUAUAUAUAUGUAUAUAUGUAUAUAUAUGUAUAUAUAUAUACAUUCACGCGUUUGAACGUACUAAUUAUAUUAGAAAAAUUCGAGUUUUCAUAGGAUGGAACAACGCGAGGUCGGGUGCUCUCCUUCGGUCAUCAACAACCACCUCGAAAACGAGCAUGGCUAUACUAUAUCGAAACGAUGUGUUUUUGCAGCUGCACCUGCGAAUUCAGCGGCGCAUAUCAGUUCCCGAGUCGCUCGAAAUGUCGUCACCGGCGGCACGUCAGACACGAAAGAGCGAGAAUAGCGUGAGAGAGUAAAACAGAAAAAAAAAAAAAAAGAAAGAAAGAGAAUAAUAGUGAGAGAGCGAGAGAAAGCGAGUGAGAGAGCGACAGGGAAAAAGAGAGGUAGAGAGAAAGGGUUGGAAAAGUCUCAGAGCUUUCAAUGUUCACGCCACCGGGCCGGGCGAUAGGACAAGUACAGAGGAUCGGUGGUAACCUUCUCUUCGGCUCCUUAAAACAACGACGAUAAAGCGGCACGAAACCCCGACAGAGACCUACGUAUGCACACAGAAUAUAAUCUAAUUGUUACAUUCGAUAGAAAAGUGUCCUUCUCUUCUUUCUACCGUAUUAACUCUCGCUAUUUUUGUUUCUCUUGUUUUUGGUAACAUCGGCACAGCGUGAUAUGCGUAUAUCGCUCGCCUAGCCGGCUGACGUUGAGAACUCUUCGGCGACGUCCGGCGUCGUUCGCGACAGCCGAUCGAAACGGGGAGUGUCCAUCAUCAUCGAUCGAUGUUUUCUCUUUGGAUUAGAAAGACUAUCCAGUCGACGAUUAAAUUAAUGUCAUACACUCUGACACACUAACGAUACACUUACACGCGUAAGACAUAACCGCCGUGGCCUAUAUCGUACACUAAUACACGUACACGCACCACAUGUACACGCCGUAUACGCUCUUAUACACGUACAUAGAUACUAUAUGUGUACAUCAGGAGAGAAAGAGAGAGAGAGCGAGAGCGAGCGAGAGAGAGAGAGAGAGAGAGAGAGAGAGAGAGAGAUACAGGUUCGUACACGGAAAAGUCGAUAUGGUGCUAGGACGAUCACACCCUGGUGCUUAAUUCUGUACACACAGAGACACAUGUGCGUAAGUUCGCACGGAUCGCCUGCAGUCUUCGUUAAGAAGUCUAGAUACGUCCUGACGUCGUGAACAGGACACACCGUGAUCCAACGUAUUUCCAUCAGGAUUCUUCGUACGAGCUAUAUGGCUUGUCGGUUCGGGUACCUUGCAGAGGACGUGCGAGCAUUGGAUGAAAAUACGUUGGAUGGAGACGCGUAACUGUGUUCUGGCGCACGAUGCUAACAAAUGUACCUGCAUUUUAGAAAUCGGGAUAAAUGUUCGGUCCCUUCGUGUCGUCGCGCGGAGGCCACUGCGCGCCACUGAUCUCUCGUUAAUAAUUAUGUACUAUAAUACUAUUGUAAAAUAGAGUGUGGCCGACGAGCAGUGAACGAAGGCGACCAAUGAUUCAUUUGGAACGAUGUGGAACGGUGGGAUUAUUAAGCGAGGAGAAGAAAAAAGAUAGAAAGAAAACGAAAGAAAAGAGUAAAAUAAAGUAAAGUAAAACUCGACGAUACGCACUUCGCGAAGAGGAACGGCGAUCCGCGCGCGAUCUCGUCCUCAACGUCCACUAACUGAAAUCCAACGGAGCAGCUAUACUUAAAUCGAAGAUAAGCGUCGUGUAAAGCAAAUCUAUGAACAAGCGACAAAGCGAAUAUAAGAAAAAGUAAUUUAUAAAUCGACUGAUUUACCUUGCGAGAUAGCGGACAAAGAAAGGAAGAAGACGGAAGACGAUUCAAGUAACGAAGAAAGGGAAGCUCUAGCCGGCAACGUUUCGCCACACGAAUUCAUUUAUACCGUAAUUAAUCGAGUGUUAAGCCGACGAUGAUGUAUGACACUUACACAUACCGUUACAGCAAACUCGUACGUACACGCGCGACACCUCCACCACACAAAUGGACACUUUUAUACACGAGAUACGCUACGUACUUGAAUGUAUAUAGAGAUGCAACACUACGUGCUAAGUGUAAUAAUGAUUAACACGAACCGUCAACCCUCGGCAGCUUUCAGUUUUUCGUUCCUGUUCCGACGAUCGUUUCUUUCUUUCGUUUUCCAUCAUUCUCCAUCGUCGUAUUACCAAUUUCGAAUCUUUUUCUGGCUCCCGCGCGUUUCAUCGACGCCUUUUUGUACUCGAUUCGACGCCGUUAUCCCGCGUUGCUUUCCGCUACGCCAAUCGCCUCGCCUCUAUCCGAUUCGUUCAUUCGUUCCUCGCUUAUUUCCUACAAGGAAAACAACGAGCAAUAUUACUUGAACGGCGCGAAGGAUCUAGGAGAAGAACGUGUACGCGUGCAUCGAUCUCGAGCUGUUCGCAAGCUUCCUUCAAAACGGCCAAUGAGAACAUCGUUCUUCCCGAUCGUCAUACAGGCCGGUGUUUGAUCAAACGUUUUGUACAUUCACAACUGUUUAUACUGUGAUCGCAUUGUAAAUAUUAUCGGAAAAACGAAUAUCGUACGUAAUAGAAGAAAAAAAAAAAAAAAGAAAAAUUGUACACGAAUGAAAGGAAAGUCGUUGGAACCAAAAAGUUGAAUAAAGACUGCGUCGUUUAAUUUACUACGAAGGGCGAUAGUAGAAAGUAACAUUUUGCGAUCAAACGUCGUCGGUCAGUAGAUGUAAAGAAGGAAGAAGACGAGAUGUGUUCUCAUUAGCUUGUUGCGUCUCUUAGGAUUACGAAUCGCUCGAGUUCUACCAUCCUAUCUACGACCGCGCGUAAGAUGUUAAAACGCGAGAAACACAUAUGUACAUGAUACGUGGACACACAGGCAUACACAACACAGAUGCACACACAGAUAAAGCGCACGUUGCGCGAGAUUGCGCUCGAUGCGUAUGUGCGGCGGAGCGUUUUCAGGGAGAUGGUCGGUGUUGUUUUCUUGCAUGGUGUACCAAUGGGAACUGGCGUGAACGUACACGCGACGUACGUACACGAGAUACAUCAACGUAUGCUACAUCGUUGAAAAAUUCGUCCAUCGCGUUGAUGCAUCUUUCCAAAUACAAAUGCGCCUUUCCGUGUUUUGCGAUCGCAAGCGCUACCUCAUCGGCUUGGUGUUCCGUGACGAGGAGGACGCCUUACAAUUUCACUUUCGAUACACGCUGUACUCGCCGAUAAAACAAAAUUCCAGCCAAUCUACCGGAUAGAUGUGAGAAACGGGCGUUGACUGACGUAUCGAAUUUCGUUAAUACGAAGAAGAAAACCGCGCACUGGUUACGCGUACGCGAACAAAAUACUCAUGCCCCUCGAUCGCAACAUUUUGUAUCCCGUUCGGUCGAGUUGAUCGUUUAACGGAAUGCCAAGCACCGCGUUACGCGACACUAGACUCGCUUCUCGAGAGUUGAAGAAGUAAAAAAGAAAAAAAAAAAAAAGAAAAGGAACUCGGGAGGCGACAAAAUAAUUUCGUAUUUUUUACACGGAGACGCAGCAUCGCUGCGUUCGAACGCGACAUUAAGUUACACGCGAUUACACACACAGUACAUGUACACGUAACGAAGACUCGGUACCGAAGGAGUGACUGUGAGUUCGGCGUUCGAGAGUGGCGAGCGUGUUGAAGAGCGAAAGAGGACGUGAGUUUUUCUUUUCCUUUCCGUUUCUCUUCUCUCUCUUUUCUUUUUCUUUUUUUUUUCGUUUUUUUUUUCUCGUUUCAAUUCGUGGAUCACGUGACGCAGCUUAGGGAAAAAGGAAAAAGCGUGACCGUGCGAGAGAACGACGAUACGAGUUCUAAAUACACGUACGUUUCGACGAGUGCGCCGGUGUGCGUGUUAAUGUUAAAACGUUUUAAGAAAAAAAAGCGAUAAAAAAAGAUGGAUGACGUAAAAUGGGUGUGCGACGAACACCUUCUUCCGAUGGGAGGUGCAAGUAAAAAGAAACGAGCGACCGAGAAGGAGAAGACGUGGAAGAAAAGGAGCAUGAAAGAUGAAAAGUUGUAAAUAGUAUAAAUAGUACACGCGCAGAAGUACGUUUAAGCGGAAAUAAAAGAUGAUAUAAUAGGUAUAAUGUGAAGAAAAAUAUACGCAUAUAAGAUAUUAUUAUAUAUUAUAUAUAAAUAAGAAGUAUAUAUAUAAGAUUAUUAUGUAUAUUUACCGUGGUAAGUGAUAUACAAAAAGCGGUGACGGGGACUCGCGCAAUCUCGUUGUCGUGUUCGGAUGAUGUUGCUGUGAUUCGCGGCUGGCCCACGCAACGAUUUCCUGUUCAAAUUCAUUUCUGCUCGUAAGACGCAUAUCCCGCCAGACAUCUCGUUCUCUUUUUCUAACCACACACGCACACACACAUACACACACGAAAAAAACACACCACCACUCCGUUCUUGUCAUCCGUAUUUUCCCAUACGAUACAUGCUCUUCCAGAUUGUUUUCACGUGUGUAUGCAUCCAAUGUAGAUAAUCGCGUCCGAUCGUCGUACGCAUAUCGCCGCGAAUUCUUUCUCCUCUCAUUGUCCGUCGAUCUUUCCCUUUCCAUUUGUCGUCACUCGUCGCGUUUAAGAGUGAUGAGCCGGGCGUAACGUAUAUAACGACAGCUAGAUACGGACAAGAAUGCAGAGCCGACAGUGCCGGCAAUGUUGCGUUUCUUCGCUCCUUACGAGACAGACAAGUUGCAUCGUUCUCUGCGUCGAAUUUAUUUAUGUAUACACGGUGGGUUGGUUGUAGAGCGUUUAGUAUCCGGCUUUCUUCUGUGCGUCUGUUCGUUGUUAACAUGAAAGGGAAAAGAAAAAAAAAAAAAGAGAAAUACAUACGUUUUUGUUAUAUCGUCAUCAUUAUUAUUAUUAUUAUUAUUAUUAUUAUUAUUACUAUUAUUAUUAUUAUUUUAAAUAUUAAUAAAUGUAAAUUUUAUAUUGUCCUACGAAGAGUUAAUGGAAUUGGGCUGUCGCGAAGAUGUACGAUUUAAGUUCCUAUUACCACGAUAUCUAACGAAGAAUCAAUUAAAAGAGCAAUCUACACGAUCAGAGCGAACGAGUAAAAUAUGAAGUGCAGCGACAGCAGCGUUCUCGUGUGGGCCGCCUUGCGAACGCAACGUCCUCGAAUCCUCCUAUUUCUUUUCUUGUUUUUCUUUUUGUGCGAUUACUAUUAUUAUUAUUAUUAUUAUUCUUAUUCUUAUUAUUAUUAUUAUUAUUACUACUACUACUAUUAUUAUUAUUAUUAUUAUCAUCAUUAGCGUUAAUACUAUUAAUAUUAUUGAUACUAUUAAUGAUCGAUCGUUUUUACCGAACGCCUUAACCGAACGCGAAAAGAGAACGGUCUCUUCCUUUCUUUCGGACGAAACGCGAACGAACGAGGCUGUACGACGCCGCGGUCAGCGUUUGAAAAGCAAAAAGAUAGCCGACGAGAAAAUGAAAAAAAAAAAAAGGGAAAAAGAGGGCGACAGAGGGAAAAGAAGCAGAAACGAGGACGGGUGACGGCAAGCCAGAGCUAGAUCGUAACGGAUCUCCGAGACUUUACGAGAGUCCCGCCGUGACCGCAAACCUAGGACACGAGGAAAGAACACACAACACUGUACAUUGUAAAUAGUAGCGCGGAGAAGACGGUUACAGAGAAAGACAGAGUUAAUUAAUUAAAAGAUAAAAGAAGGAUAAGAUGAGAUGAGAGAACGAGCGAGCGAACGAGAGAGAGAGAGAGAGAGAGAGAGAGAGAGCGAGAGCGCGAG